UGAUGGACCGGCGCGCCCAAGUGCAUGAGUGGGACAGUGUGCCCACUCUCCGUUAAAUCAUCUUCUUAUUUCGCCGCCCCCACCCACCCCCCACAAGCUCGGAGGCUCGCUCGCUCGUUCCUCAGCCGUUGGCCGUCUCCACGAGUCCAUCCGCACCCGCGGACGGCAGGCAAACAACCGUAUAGGGGGCGAGGUUCUCCGCCAUGGCGACGGCGUUCAAGGCGUUCUUGAACAGCCCCGUCGGCCCCAAGACCACGCACUUCUGGGGACCCGUCAGCAACUGGGGCUUCAUCCUCGCGGGUAUGGCUGACAUGAACAAGCCACCUGAAUUGAUAUCCGGUCAUAUGACUGCAGUCAUGUGUGUGUAUUCUGGCCUAUUUAUGAGGUUCGCAUGGGUCGUACGGCCCCGAAACUAUUUUCUUAUGGCAACCCAUGCCUCCAACGAAAGCGUUCAGCUCUACCAGUUAUCUCGCUAUGCUAGGGCUCAAGGUGAAACUAAACGGUGUGUUGUAAUUGUUGGAAUACGGCCACUCCUCUCGUCUCAGGUGGCUGACCGCACGACCGAUUCCUCAGGCUCUCCAACAGCCACCUGCUCUACGUGCGUAGUUAUCCCUAGAGUUUAGGCACUAUCGGAUCUUGCCGUUGCACCCCACGAUCCACUACUCUCUCUUUCUCAUUGUAAUCUGUCUAUAUGUACUCCUCGAAGAAAUGAAUACAAGCAAUGUG